AUGUCGUCUAAUCAGCAUAUAACAUCGGCCGAAUUACGGUUGUUUCUAGACGACGUCGACCGGAACAUCGAAUCGGAUGAAGGGCCACACUUUCGAAGACUCAUCUUAUACCUUUUCAGUUUCACCAACGACAAGCUAUUUCAGCUCAGCCAAUCGGAGUUACGCGACCAAGAUGAAGAGAAACUUCUUCAACGUUUGAUCUCCACCAUCGAGCUUGUUUUAACCAAAAAACUCCAUCUUUUGAAUCUCGAAUUGAACCACAAUGAUUACAAUAAGUUUCUUGCCAAUGAACCUUCACAUCUACUCUAUGAUUGGGCGAUUUCCUUUGCCCUACAUCAUAUAGCCAAAUACCACAAUAAGAUCUCUAUUCUCAACUAUCUCAAGUCGUUUGUUAUCCAGAUCAUCAGCCUCGUCGCUACCAAAUUGCAUAGUUUCAAAUACACCAAACAGAUUAGAACAUCGUUGAUGUCUCUUAUGGAAACCAAUCUUCAAUUCCUUAUUCAUAACUUGCUGUCGUUGCCAAAUACUGAAAUUUACCAGUCCAAACUUAUCAUUACUGUACAUUUGUUCUCACUAUUGAACGAUUACGAUGUUGCUAACAGACUACUCUUAAACCUUCUGAGCUACCAGUUGACUUUCGAUAGCUAUGCCAGGAAAAUCUGGUUUGUUCUUUCUGAAGUGAACUCACAGUCAAAACAAGACUCACAAUUGGUUGGAAAUCUCAAGUCCAUAACCAUCCUAAACCUCACAGACAAUCUCGUGUUGAAUGAUUGUAUAACUUGGAACCAGAUCUCUCUUGUUUUGGAGUGGGUAAUAGGUUAUAUUCGUUCAGAACUACUGAAAGGAGAUUCUACCACUAAAUUCAACAACUUCAACUUGAACAAAACAAUUAGCUAUAGUUUGUUAAAAGUGCUUCGACUUUGCAUUGAAAAAGAUAUAGCACACAAUUUCAUGUAUUGCUUGAACUUCAACAAGCUCAUAAUAAAAAUCACAACCAGCAUCGAAGACCUUCAUGUUCCAGCCCUAAUAGUGAAGUCUUUUCAUAUUCUCAACUACUACUGUAAUCUCGCUAUCAACAAUACUUCCAUAGUGGCGUCGUAUCAAACUUCUGCUAACAACAGACACAUAAUAACUCCUUUCAACGAUAAGGAAUUGGAAUCACUCCGAGUUCAGCUUGUGGAUAGAACGUCUCAAGAUACACACAGCAUAGUUUCACAAUUACUUCUGUACCUUGAAAAUGACGAAAUGAACGAGGCACAAGAAGCUGAAUUUUCUAACAGAUACGUUAGUCCAAACUUCAACUACUUGGAAUGGAUCCAGAAAGUUAGAGCUAUUACUGUAAAAUCGGGUUCAACGGAUGCUUUCAGUGAACUUUACUCUCAGUACAUGUUGAUUACAGCACUUGGCCAUUUUCCCUGUUUGGUUAGUAAUGAUUUUAACUUUAAAGUAAAAGAAUGUACCAAAUGUGGCUCCGGUCCCAUGAAUAAAAAUUACUACGAUGUGAUUGAUUUGAAUAGAAAACCGAUUCCGGAUUCCACAGAAAUUUCUAUUUACUAUAAGGAGAUCUUAUGCAAGUACUAUCUAGGAACUAAAGCCCAAUUUUUGCAUGAUAACCCAUUAUUAUGUUGCAAUUUCUUACUUUCUGUCUACAAAUUAUUCGCUAGCUAUGGAACUCCAAGAGGUUUAAUCUCAAAGGAACCAGUGUUCAAGUUCACAAUGCAACUAUUGGCUACCAAUACUAAUCGUGACGUUAGAAUCCUCGCUACUAGAAUCCUUCCAUUAUACUUGCUUCAACCAAAGGAUAAAGUUACAGUUCAAAAUUUCAAGAUCAUAUUUCAAGGUAUAUCAGCUAUUGAGUUUAGUCCGAAAAGUAAAAGGUAUCUUGGAGAGUCGACCAUCAAGGCAUUUGUAGAGCUUGCUAUUGUUUCAGAAGGCGAAUGGCUCUGUGUUCUAUUUAUCAAGUUAAUAGACUUGCUAGGAGAGAAGAAUGAGCAACAUGCUAAUUAUGUAUACAACGGAUUCAUUACUAUUGCAUCUGCUAAAUCGCUAGCCCCAUGGAGAUUGUUGUAUCCAUUUUUGCCCAGUAUAGCAGAGAUAAUUAUCAAGAAACCUAGAUUGUUUAGCAAGAUGACAGACUUGCUUGGAAUUGCAAGAAAAUAUUUUCUCAAUAGAACCAGGGAAUACACCACACCUCGCUUGCUUGAGUACUACAAGGUUGAUUUUAUACAAGAAAUUGCCGACUCUUGUAGCAUGUCAAAGUUGGAUCUUGUCUACAAGAAUUUGCCCCGAAUAAUUGCUUUGUAUCUUGUUAAAGAUGCUACCAUCAACGAAAGGUACAUCAUGAGCGUCUUGCGGAAUAUUUCUCCUACUUUCAAAUCAGUAGAACUUAGUAAUCUUAUUACCAAUAUCGGUGAAACGACAUGGUACAUUCUCUUGCAAAUACAGGUAGACGACUCCAAUGAAAAAAUCACCAACGAAGGCAGAAUCGUGGACGCCUUGACUUAUGUCGCAAAGGUCUCGCUAGACCAAAAGAGAAAGGAACUUCCAAGACAAAUGGAUUAUGUUGAGUAUCUUUUGGGAGACAAUGUGUUGGAAUUGGUCCAGAUGUUCAGUGAGAAUGUUCAUCACAUAAAAGGAUCCAAGCCAUACUUGGAAAAGGUGAGUUCUCUUCGCUCUAUUGAAUACAUAAUCAACAAAAACAUUCAAGUUGUGACAGCUGCAUUGGGACAAAUUUCAUCGUGUUUGCAAGCUACAUUAGAAAUUCCCGACUUCCAGUACUACGCCUUACGAUGCUGGAAUGUGUUAGUUCAUAAGCUUCCUCCAAGCCAUUUGAUUUCGUUGAUUGAUAUUAUUAUUUCCUUGAUUUUUCAGAAAUUCCAGAACCUUGAUGGCUCUUCGAAGGAUUUGUCUAUUGAAAUAUUAAAAAGGAUCUACGAGGAAAUUAAGGACAAGUACAAUUCGUAUACGUUAUACUAUCUUUCUAUUCCAUUCUUAGAUCAUAUCCAGGAGUACAAGCCUAUCAGUGGAUUCCGAAAUGUCAAGCAAAUGUCUCGAAUUACUAUCUUUCUGGAGUUCACCAGAAGAAUUCAAACAAACAACGAAUAUGUGGUUCAGCAAGCAUUGUAUGACCUUUUGAAUUACUGUGAAAAGUACCAGGCUAAUUGUCAGUUAGAGUAUUUCAGAGAGCCAACUUUGGAACCCUAUAUUACUGAACUAGUUAGAACAAUUCUUGAUACAUCAUCCCUUUUCAAGAAUAAAAAUGAUCACAUCUCGACGAGCUGUGCCAAAGUCCUCUCAGUGAUUGGUUCAUUGGAUUCAAACAAGUUUAAUUUCAAGUCUGUCAAGCACCAGAUAAUUGUAAUUCAAGAUUUCAAGGAUUACAGAGAGAACAGCGAAUUCUUGAUUGAUUUUAUUGAAACAAAAGUAUUGAAAAUCUUUUGGGCUUCGAAUGAUCCUAUGAAACAAUUGUUUUCAGCUUAUGCAAUGCAAAAUUUUCUUCAAGUAUUGAGAUUAGACCCAAAGGUAUUGACCCCCUCGAGUCAAGACCACCUAUUGGCAGUUUGGAAUAAGUUUAGUGAUGUUGCACAGUCCACAUUAACACCGCUAUUAGCUUCUAAGUAUUACACGCCACCUUCGAAGUACUCCCCAUUGUCUUUUCCGUACUUCAAGAUUAGCAUGAAAUAUGAAACUUGGCUCAUGGAAAUCACUUCAGAUCUUUUGAAACGACCUUCAAAGAAUAUUGAUGGUGAUGCAAAUGAAGCCAAGCAAACGAUCUUUCAGACAUGCUCUAAAUUGAUCAGGGAUCAGGACCUCUCACUCUGUCAGCAUUUAUUAAAGUAUGUUUCCCUCAGCCAUAUUGUUAAUGGAAAUAAGGGAGCUACGACAAACAUCAAGGAAGAAUUCUUGAAUAUAUUGCAUUUUGACGCCACGUCUUCGUCUCCAGAUAGAAUUGAACAGCUCAAAUCUUGUCUCCAAUCUGUGCUUGAGGUACUCGAUUACUUUAAUGAAUGGGUGUCAACUGCAACUCAAUACUUGAACAAUUAUUCACUUGAUAAUUCGGAAGCCAGCAGGAUAAAGAAGAAUAUCCGAUAUGUUAACGACUUUCUUGGAUUCAUUCCUAUGGAUUUGAUUGCUAUUAAGUCAGCAGAAUGUGACUCGUAUGAAAGAACCAUUUUGUAUUUGGAAAGAUGUUAUCGUGAAGGUAAAGUGGAUGAUUCAUUCAUGCUAGCCAAUUUGAACAUAGGUACAACUCUUCAAUCAAUGUAUUCCAGUAUCAAUGAUUAUGAUGCAUUGAACGGUGUUUUGAAGAAAUUUUCAACGAGUAAUUUGUCAGAAAAGCUUACAACUUUUCAAUACAAUGAAAGUUGGUCAUUGGCCCAAGAAUCGUUUCAAGUUCUUGGUUCAGUGGGAGACGAAGAAUCUCGCAUUGGAAGUAAUACAAAGCUUUUAAUGUCAUUGAACGAUAACGGUCUAUACGAAGAGGUUUUGUCAACAUUGUCAGCAAAAACUUCUAUUAGCGAUAUUUCAUCAAUUCCGCUUGAUUGGUCUCUUGUAGGGUUACAGUCUUCAAUCUAUUCAGGGGACAUGUACCAAAUGAAAAAAUGGUUGCAUAUAGUGAACUCAUUGGGGAAGCCACACGACGUUGAAACGUUGGUUAACUAUGAAUUAGCUAAAGGAAUAGUUUUCUUGUCAGAAGGUAAUAGAUCCGAUUUCGAGAAGGCCAUUCAGAAUCUCUAUGGGAUAAUUGGCACAUCAUUGGUACCUUCUAUUUCAUCCAGUUUUUCAAGAAAUACCAACCUAAUGAACCAAUUGCAUUCCAUAUAUGAUUUGACUAUGAUAUCACAAUCCAACAAUGAGUUGCUAACCGGAGAAAAUGAGAAAAUUUUAGAGGCCAGAUUGGGAAAUGUGGACCAAGGAUUUGACGCUCAAUGGAAGAUUCUUAAGCUCCAUGGCGUCACUAACAAAAUAGUAAAACGAGAAUGGAAGAUAUCUGAGAUUUUGCUUAAGUAUUCGGCUUUGGCAAGAAAAAGUAAUAGACUCGAUAUUUCAACACGUUCCAUUGUCCAAGCUAUGGCAUUAAACGAUGAAAGAGCAAACAUUGAAUAUGCCAAACUACUUUGGGCACAAGGAAAGCAGACGGAAGCUAUCAAGUCAUUGGCUGAUAUCUUGGAAGAGAACCGGUUCGAUAACCAGGAGAGGAAGGCAGAUGUCCAAUUGAAGUAUGCACAAUGGUUGGAUGAAUCCAACCAUUUGUCCUCGCUGGCAAUUAUCAAGGAGUACAAUAAAAGUGUCGAGUUAAAUCCGAGCUGGGAAAAACCAUAUUAUGAUUUGGGCAAAUAUUACAACAAGAUUAUGGAAUCAACUAACGAUCAGACAGGUUAUUAUGAACACCAAACUGUCAGGCAUUUCUUGAAAGCAUUGGCAGUUGGGCAUUCUUUCAUCUUUGAAGCUUUGCCAAAGUCUAUUACCAUUUGGCUAGAUUUCGCGCAACGCAAGACAAGGUCGCGAGAAGCAGAACGGAAGCUUAAUCAAAUCGUUGAAGAUAUCAAGACUUGUCUCAAUACCAUUCCCCUCUAUGUAUGGUACACGGCCAUUACGCAGCUUCUUUCAAGAAUUGUUCAUGAACAUCAACCUUCUUUUGAGAAGCUAUCGUUAAUUAUUUUCAACAUCAUUCGUGAAUAUCCACGCCACAGUUUAUGGUACGUCUUGUCUCAUGCCAAUUCCAACGAUCCGACAAGACGCGAGAGAAUCAACAGUGUCUUGAGAAAAGUUACAAAUGAAAACAGAGAGUAUGGAUCGAUAGUUGUCAACGCCAAAGAGCUCUUCUCUAGUCUCAUCAAAAUUGCAAGCUUCAAGAUUCCGAAAUCUCCCAGAGCAAAAAGAUUGUCUCUCCGACAAGAUUUCAAGGUCGAUAAUUUGAACAAUCCAUAUACUUCCUUGGUCAUUCCAGUGAGAUCAAAUCUUGAGAUAAGAUUGCCUGCGACAAAUACUGUAAAGUUCAAUGCAUUUCCUAAGAGCUCCUCAAUUACUUUUGAUGGUUUUGACGAUUAUGUCAACAUAUUCUUUUCAUUGCAAAUGCCACGGCAAGUGACUAUUCGUGGCUCAGAUAACAAGCCUUACAGGUUGAUGGUCAAAAGAGACGAUACGAGAAAGGAUGCAAAAGUAGUUGAAUUCACCACUAUGAUUAACCGAUUAUUGCUUUCUAGUAAUGAGGCACGUAAAAGAGGAUUGCAGAUUUCAAAUUACUCAGUUAUUCCACUAGCAGAGAAUAUGGGUGUUAUCGAAUUUGUUACUGAUGUGCAAACUAUGAAGGGGAUUGCGGGCGAACAGAGAAAGAGAAUGGGAAGACUGUUAAACGAACGUAAGAUAUUUAUGAAGUUGGACGAUUUGCAGAAGCAGGUGAAAGGAGCCAAAGCCUCAGAUCCGGAGCCAUUGAAUAAACUAGUUGAUGUUUUCAAGAAGAUUUUGGAAGACAAUCCACCUGUUUUGCAUAGUUGGUUUAUCGAUCAAUUCUCUGAUCCUACAGCAUGGUACUUGGCAAGAAACCAAUUUACUCGUUCUUCAGCAGUAAUGUCCAUGGUUGGUUAUAUUAUUGGAUUGGGAGAUAGACAUUGUGAAAACAUUCUUUUCUUUAAGAAAACUGGGUCUGUGUUACAUAUUGAUUUCGACUGUUUGUUUGAUAAGGGAGAAACAUUGCCAACUCCCGAGAUAGUACCUUUCAGAUUGACACUGAACAUGAUUGAUGCGAUGGGUAUCUGUGGAAUUGAGGGAAGCUUCAGAAUUACUUGCGAGGUUACAGGCUCUUUACUUCGAGAAAAUGAAGCACCCUUGAUGAAUAUUUUAGAAACGUUAUUGUACGAUCCUUUGCUUGAUUGGAAGAGUGUUCAGAAGCCAGAGGCUCAUUUGUCUAAGGUCAGGAGAAAAAUUAGAGGUUUAGUUAACGAAAAGGAAGGAUUACCUAUGAAUAUUCAUGGGCAGGUGGAUGUCUUGAUACAAGAGGCAUCAUCCAUAGAAAGGCUUUCGCAGAUGUAUGGAGGAUGGUCUGCUUACAUCUAG